AUGAGUUUGUGUUUGGUUGUCGCACAAUGUUAUGAAGAUUAUGUCGUAAUGAGAAGAAGUGCAGUUUGGCCCCCGCUGCUAAGACUCAGUAUGGAAUCCGAUGAAAAACUUAAAUGUACUGGACGUCCUUAUUUUAACGUAACUCUCAUGGCCUACUAUGCAGAUUAUUCGAGUGACAUUUCAUCGGAUUAUCUCGAUAUGAAAGACAAUAAACUUAGCAAUUUACAGGAUUAUAUUGAUGGACGAGCUAAUUAUGUAACAGCCGCGAUGGAUAUUAUUCCAAGUCUUCCAUAUGGCUCAUCAAUUUGUAUACCCGAGUUAAAUAAACAUUAUCGUCGACAAAUUAAAAUUCAGGUUCGUGAUUACAGUGUUGAUUUAAAAGGACAAGGAUUUAAAGUUGUCGAUAUAUGUGUUAGAAGUGAAGGUGAUAGUUAUGAUAAAGCUGUCAACAGAUUAGUUACUAUCUAUAUUUAA